AUGUGGCUGCCUCUCGGGCUCCUGUUGCUGAUCGCGGAGGCCCAUGCCUCGUACAACACCAGCAUCGAUGGCAUGCUUGAAGUGAUUCCUCUCCGCUACCCGUCCCGCAGAUCGCACGUGCGACGCCAGCGCGCGAUCCCGGCAUCGACGCCGUUUCCCUGCGCGAACGCAACGCGCGCGGGCCGCAGCCGCAGCCCCCCUACCUCGGUGCACAGGCUGCGGCCCGGCGACAUCGACGUCGUCGCUGCGAUCGGGGACUCCUUGGUAGCGGGCAAUGGUGCGAUGGAGGAGUUCGCGCUCGGCGCAUUCGUGGAGUACAGAGGCGUGUCUUGGUGCGCAGGCGGCGAUGGGACCUGGCGGGAAUACCUGACGCUGCCCAACAUCCUGAAGGAGUUCAACCCGAACCUGCGAGGGUACUCCACCGGAACCGGCGAAUGGCUGGCCAAGAACGCGAGGUUCAACGUUGCCUUCCCGGUCGCUUCUGACCAGGAUGCCUUUAAGCAGGCUAAGAUAGUGGUGGCGCGCAUGCGAGCGUCUCCAGAUAUCGACAUCUCCAGAGACUGGAAGAUGAUCACGAUCUUCAUGGGUGCCAACGACCUGUGCUCCGCCUCGUGCCUGUCGCCCGUGGCCUGGUCGCCCACGGCGCACGCUAGGAAGCUGGCCAAGGCCCUGGACUACCUCCAGACGCAUCUGCCGAGGACGAUAAUCAAUUUAGUUCCUGUUUUAGACGUGUCCGUAUCAAUCCGGGUCUCGAGGCCGCUGAUGUGCCGGCUGAUGCACCCGCUGUUCUGCACGUGCUUCCACCGCAGCGGCGGCGAGCUGGACUUCCUCGUGCGCAUGACCAGAAUGUACCAGAAGGCUGAAGCUAUGCUGGUGGAUAGCGGGCGCUACGACACGCGGGAAGACUUCACGGUGGUGGUGCAGCCUUUCAUGCGAACAUUCAAUGCGCCGCUGCCCAUCCGCCUGCCGCUGUCCACCGUCAUCCACCAGUCCUACAUCACGCAUGACUGCUUCCACUUCUCGCAGAAAGGCCAUGCGCUGGCCGCCAACCUUCUAUGGAACAACCUCCUAGAGCCAAUAGGCUUCAAAUCCGAUGACUCUCCCCCGGUCCUGAUGAAUUCAUUCAGGUGUCCUUCCCCAGAGGCACCCUUCAUCUUCACCCACAAGAACUCACAGUCCUACCUCGAGACAGGAGUGCAAGAAGGAGCUUUCGACUUAUGACCCUGGGCAGCAGUUAGUUCCAAUUAAAUUGACUACCAAAGUAACCUAAAUAAAUGAAUGAAGAUUUUGUUAAACUUAAGUAGACCUAAUGGUGUACAGGUAAAGAUUAUUUUGAUAAAACAAAAGAACGAAAGGAUUGUGGAAGAAUGAAAAGUUUAAUUAAUUUAGUAGAAUAUCUAGUGAUAUUUUGGAAAUUCUGAAAUAGAUGCUUUAUUCAAUGAAAGUGCAAAACAUUUAAGUAAGAACUGCGAUGUGUGUGAUUAAAUACUAACAAGGAAAUCUUUGAAUGGCCAGUGUAAAUUAUUUUUAAGCGGUUGCUAUUACCACUUAUAUUGAAAAACACUUUCAAGCCAACUGAGAAAAAAAUCACCUACAAAAUCUAUACCUAAAUAAAUUAAAACCAUAAUUAACUCAAAAUUGUAACAUAUUAGGCAUUUAAAUUCACAGCAUUUAUAUUUACUUAGUUCUCUCAUUCAGUUUAUAAUUUAAAAAUUUAUGAUUGAUUAUGAAAAUGUUAAUAUUAAAACUGAAUUUUAUAUUGUUUUUAAACCAAAAAUCAUCUGUAAGUGUUACAUAAAUCAUCUAGAUUUCACAACUUGACUACCUACCUACUACUAACCUAAAUCAUAUUGUUUUUCUUAAAAGUAGAGCUGCUUGCGUGGAGAUAAAUAAAUGAAUCUUACUUAGAGACAGAAAUUUAGUCUAUGAAUUGAAUGUUUUAUUGUAUAAAUGACUCUUGUGGUGUUAAAUGUGCCAUUUUUUAUGUUGUUGGAUACCAAAUGAAUAUUUUGUAAGUGGAUGAAUGUUACAUGAGCGUACUCGUACAUAAGGAAAUUUUCAUUAAAU